AGGCCCAGCCAUGUCCAGCCCAGGGCUCCUGCUCCUGCUGUUGCUGCUGGCAGCCCCGCUGUGUCCCACUCCCCUGUCCCCGCCAGACUCUCCAGAGGGCAAGGCCUCCCAGGCCAGCCUCAUCCUCUCUGUGCUGGAGAGAGCCACCUCCUUCCUGAAGAAGAGGCUGCCUGAAAUCAACCUGGACGGCGUGGUGGGCUUCCGUGUGCUGCAAGCACAGCUGAGAGGCGCCCGGGAGGUGUGGGCCCGAGACCCCCGGCUGCAGGCACAGAGCCGGCGCGUGGGGGAGCUGGCGGAGAGGCUGGAGGGCCUUCUGCAGGCGUCCGCGGUCUACCUCAACCUGAGUGACCCCAAGUACCUAAGAGAAUUCCAGCCCAUCCUGCAGCCUGGAUUUUGGAAGCUCCCCAAUGCCUGGACCCGCACCACUGCCUCCCUGGUGUACCCCAAGCUCAAGGCCCAGGACACCUUCUCCGAGGAACACAGCGACCAGUGUCUGGUGCAGCUGCUGGGAACAGGGACAGCCGGCCGCCAGCCCUGCCAGGUCUCCAGCUUCUGCAGGGCCCUGGUGACCGAGCCGGGCUGCUGGGGCUACUCCCUGUCCCACCAGCUGCUCUUCUUCCUCAUGGCCAGAAUGAAGGGAUGCACAGGGGGACUGUUCUGCCAGAGCCAGAGCUACACCAGCCGCUUCUGCGCCAACAUGAUGGACCUGAACCGGAGAGUGGAAGCCCUUGGAUACGCCCACCCCACGCGGGACAUCUUCAUGGAAAACAUCAUGUUCUGCGGACUCAGCGGCUUCUCAGACUUCUACAAACCCGAGUGGCUGGAGGCCAUUCUUGGCUGGCAGAAGCCGCAGGAAGGGUGCUUCGGGAGGCCUGACCCCGAGGCUGCAGAGUUCUCUAAACCCGCUCAACACCAGCAGCAUUUUUUGAGGAGAGUGAAGAGGCGAGAAAAACAAUUUAUAGAUGGCUGCUCCUCCCACAACACGGCCACGGCAGUGGCAGCCCUGGGUGGCUUCCUCUACAUCCUGGCUGGAUACAACGGGGAGCCCCAGCCGGCCUCGCCGGUGCCGCCCUCGGGGAGUGAGCGCCGCACCUGCCACCCACCCGGAAGAUGAAACAGCUGCCUCGGGUUCCCCCCACCGCCUCGGGCCCCCCGCCUCGGCCCCCCCGCCUCGGGGUCCCCCCACCUCAAGCCCCCCGCCUCGGGUCCCCCCACCUCGAGCACCCCCCGCCUCGGGGCCCGCCGCCUUGGGGUCACCCCUGCCGCCAGUCCCAGGCUACAUCAGAGAAGCAGAUGGGCGAGGCUGCCCCCGCAUCCCCUCUGGGGAGCAGGGCUGGAGGGGGGCUGGGCUGCACGCAGGCCUGGCGGCCGAUGAAUAAAUGUAGAA